AUGAGUCAGCCGAACAUUACCCUCUACACGGCCCAGACCCCCAAUGGGAUCAAGAUCUCCAUUGCCCUGGAAGAGUUAUCACUACCAUACAAUGUAGAGAAAAUUGACAUGACAAAGAGUGUUCAGAAGGAGGAGUGGUUCCUCAAAAUCAACCCAAACGGCCGCAUCCCAGCUCUCACUGAUACCUUCAGUGAUGGCCAACAGAUUAAUUUGUUUGAGUCGGGCAGCAUCCUGCAGUAUCUCGCAGAUCAAUAUGACCCAGAUCACAAAAUCUCCUUCCCCAAGGGAUCCCGGGAGUACUACGAGGUGAACAACUGGCUCUUCUUCCAGAAUGCAGGCGUCGGUCCCAUGCAGGGCCAGGCAAACCACUUCUCUCGGUAUGCGCCCGAGCGUAUUGAGUACGGUGUCAACCGUUACGUCAAUGAAACACGCCGACUGUAUGGUGUCCUUGACAAGCACCUGGCACAGUCUAAGUCCGGGUACUUGGUUGGUGACCAUAUCUCCAUAGCCGAUAUCUCGCACUGGGGCUGGGUGGCAUCUGCUGGUUGGGCUGGUAUCGAUAUCGAUGAGUUUCCUAACCUAAAGGCGUGGGAGGAGCUUUUGGCUCAGCGACCCGGUAUUAAGAAGGGCCGUGAUGUCCCAUCACCUCACAAUGUCAAGGAACUGAUCAAAGACAAGGACACUGCGAAGAAGUUUGCAGCUGAAGGUCAGAAAUGGGUACAAGCAGGAAUGAAGGAGGACUCGAAGAACUAG